UGCCUUCCUCUCUUCCAAUAAAAUCCCUCCACUCCCAACUUUGUUUGAACCAAACAGACCCGACAAAAUUAUAAUAAGUCAGUAAUUUUCGGCCAAGGCCACGUCGACUAUAAAUACAGUGAUGCAGACACAUUUCGAAGGGAAAACUUGGCCGUAGCUUCCGGUGCACGGAAAUUCAUAUUCAGGCGUUUCUGUUACAGGUUCUUUUUCGUUUCUACUCUUUGUUUUUCGAGGUUCCUACUGUGGAAAUUGAACCUUGCGCCUGAAAGUGCACAUGGAAUCGAUGAUAGGCUUAUUGUAAGACUGACAUUUAACAAAGGUAGGUUGGAAAUAUGCCGAACAUAAGAGUCUGUGCGCUAUUCAGACCUCUAAAUUCGAAGGAAAAGGCUGAACAUGGUGACAUUGUCAGCUAUCGCAUGCUUGAUUCCGAAACUUUUGUGUUUAAGGAUGAGAAGGAAGAGGAAAUUCAAUUUUGCUUUGACAGGGUGUUCUGCCAGGGAUCAGAGCAAGGUGACAUAUAUGAAUUCCUUGGUUUGCCUAUUGUCAAGGGUAUUGGUGUUGCAAAUGGAGUGAAUGGGGCAAUUAUUACAUAUGGACAGACAGGAGCUGGGAAGACUUACAGUAUGGAGGGACCAAGCAUUAGAGAGUGCAACGAGAAACAGAAAGGUCUACUACCAAGAGUUGUGGAUGGGCUUUUCAAGGUUAUUAAGCAGUCAGAUGAGAUAUUGAAGUACACUAUCAAACUAUCAAUGGUUGAAGUAUAUAUGGAGAGAGUAAGGGAUCUUUUUGAUCUUUCAAAGGACAAUUUACAGAUCAAAGAGAGCAAAGUUCAAGGAAUCUUUGUUGGUGGAGUUACAGAGGUUUCCAUUUCAGAUACUACGGAGGCAUUGCAAAGUCUUUCUAGGGGAAUAGCAAACAGGGCAGUAGGAGAAACCCAAAUGAAUAUGGCCAGCAGUAGAAGCCAUUGCAUAUAUAUAUUCUUGGUGCAGCAGGAGUUAAGGAAGGAGAGAAGGUCUGGAAAGCUGUUCCUUGUAGACUUAGCAGGAUCCGAGAAAGCCGAGAAAACCGGAGCAGAAGGAAAAGUUCUUGAAGAAGCCAAAACCAUCAACAAAUCAUUGUCAGCACUGGGGAAUGUGAUCAAUGCAUUAACCUGCGAAACAACAGGAAGGGCGAACCAUAUACCCUACCGAGAUUCUAAACUUACCCGGAUCCUUCAAGAUGCUCUUGGAGGAAAAUCCCAGACUGCAUUGCUUUGCUGCUGCUCGCCUAGCCCCGAAAAUGCAUCCGAAAGCCUUUCCACUCUCCGUUUUAGCGCAAGAGCAAAGCAUAUUAAGGCAUUGCCACACGCCAGCGCGAAGGAAGAUGAAGACACCAAAGGUCUGCAAAAUGUGUCCGAGACCAAAACUGAUGCUUGCGAGAGAAUAUUGCAAAAGUUGAGUCAGCAAUUGAAGCCUGAAGAUGUCCAGCUGCUUGAGCAGCUGUUCAUUCUAGAAGGAAUUUUCUUCGACCCUUAUUCAGUUGAAGAAAUUGAAUCGGCCUACAACGAUGUGACAUUGAGGACUAUUUCGUCCCUCCAGAAAACUGUGGAAGAGCUCGUUGCAACAGUCGACGGUCUGAAGAAGGAGAAUCAAAUUCUUAAAAACCUGAUGAGAAGGUGUUGACACAUUGUUCCAGUCCCAUAUUGAGUAUUUGAACGGAGUCUAUCCCCAUAUAAGGUAAUUCUAUAAAUGAUUUUACUACAGCUCAGUUUCUUAUGUUAAAAUUUUUUAAUCAACGUGAAAUUUAGAGCCAGAUAUCAGCUGAAUCUCCCCUCGUGCAUACAAAUAAAUCAUAUACAUAUGCAUGCAUUAAAUUUAAUUCAGUCACCAUCUAGUUCGUUGCAUUUUAAAAUUAUUUGAAACAACAUCAAUACAAAACAAAUUUGCAUUUCAGGGUGGAGGGCUGAAAAAUAGGACUUUGUUCCCAUAUAUACUUUUUAAAUGUAAAAAUUUU